AGUCUGCUGCAUUUUUUUGAAACUACUCGGGUGUGAAGUCUCGAGUUUGUUCCUUUGUUCCUCGUUGGGUGUGGUAAACUGACGAUUUUCUCGUUAAACAGUUCAGAUAUGACUGAUGCCUAGAACACGAGGAAACUAAUUUUAUGCCAAAGUUUGCAAGGUUUUCUGUUUUGGUGUUCCCAUGUUAGACUGUUCAUUUUGUGUAAAGGAAAUGAGACGUACUGAGGUGAAUGUUGAGUUGCGGAAAUCAAAGAAGGAAGACCACCUAAAGCGACGCAACAUUGAAAUCGAUGAUGAGCCCCUCAGCCCUCUUGAAAACACAAAUCGUGUGACUGCAGCCCAUAUGAGUAUUGAGGACAUAGUUAAUGGUAUCCAUAGUGGUGAUGAAAAAAUGGAAAUUACUGCAACACACGCUGCACGUCAAAUCCUCAGCAAGGAACGUAACCCACCAAUUGACAUCUUCAUCGAUGCCAAUGUCAUUCCCAAGCUGGUGGAGUUUCUCAGUCGUGUCAAACACCCAGACCUUCAGUUUGAGUCGGCCUGGGCUCUCACCAGCAUUGCGUCCGGCACAUCUGAUCAGACUAAAGUUGUCGUCAGUGCUGGGGCUGUUGCUGGUUUCAUUUCUUUAAUGGGUUCACCUCAUUCAGUUCUGGCCGAGCAAGCUGUCUGGGCUCUCAGUAACAUCGCCGGAGACGGACCAGAGCUUCGAGAUCACGUCAUCGAGCUAGGCAUUAUUAAGCCUUUGAUCACCUUAAUAAAACCCGGUUCUCCAUAUACAUUAUUGCGUAAUGUCGCUUGGACUUUGUCCAACUUGUGUUGCUACAAGAUAUUUCCACCCAGUGUCCAUGCAGUCCGGCAGAUUCUUCCCGCUCUAUCCCAGCUUAUCCACAAGAACGACAAAGAGAUCCUAGCCGACGCUUGCUGGGCUCUGUCGUACCUCACCGUUGGCCCGAACGAACGGAUUCAAGAAAUAGUCAACGCCGGAGUCGUCCCUCGGCUUGUCGCUUUGUUGGACCAUAAUGAAUUGGCCGUCGUCAUCCCCACUCUAAGGACUAUCAGCAACAUCGUUGCAGGAAGUGAUUCCCAAAUCGAUUCCGUCAUGGCUGCUGGUGCCUGCCCGUUGCUGGCCAAGUUGCUUAAUAAUUCACAGAUGAACAUCGUCAAGGAAGCUGCCUUGGCCGUGUCUUACAUUGCUGCCGGCAAUGCCAUCCAGAUUCAGGCUCUCUUCACCAACAACGUUGUUCGUCCGUUGGUGGACGUGCUGGGCAAAGGUGACUUCAAAUGCCAAAAGGAAGCAGCUUGGGCCAUCACCAACAUUACCUUGGGUGGCAAUGUGGAGCAGAUCGCUUUGUUGCGCCAGUUUGGUGUCAUCGCUCCGCUGUGCGCUUUGCUAGAGGCCAAGGAAGAUAGCAAGACUAUCUUGGUCGUUUUGGAUGGCUUGGCUAAUAUUUUGGCCGCUGCCGAGAAAAUGGGCGAACUGGAGAAAGUUACCCUUCACGUCGAAGAGUGUGGUGGCUUGGAUCGCAUCGAAGCUCUGGAAAGCCACGACAAUGUUGAAAUCUAUCACAAGUUUCUGGACAUUCUGGAGCAGUACUUCUCAACUGAAGUAAAUUAUUCUUUUUUCUUUUGGGUUUUAUUUCAAUGAUUAUCACAACUGUUCACAUUCAGAGUGUUUGUGCUGACAACUUCACCAUAGGGAUGAAGAUUCCGAGUUGGCGUUAUCUCCAUCGCAGAGUGCCCAUUGCGAAUUCAACAACCAUCCAUCUCUAAAAGCCCCCGAAUGAGGUUUAUAAUUCUAAAUUUUGUCAUCCAAAAUUCUUUUUUUCUGCUUUUACAACGGUAAAUAUUUUUUUCACUUCUUUCCACGCUAUCCUAAUUCCUAACUAGUUUUGGCCUUUUUUUAAGAUUUCAAAAUUUAUUUAAAUUUAAAGUUUCCAUUUGCUUUCAUUUCUGUUUAUGCACGAUGUCUUCUUUCCUCUUUCUGAAUGCGCGACAAAAGAGCAAUACAAAACAACUCAAUCAAA